GUCGUUGGUGCCCGCGACGUAACCACCGACAUUGUCGAUUGCCAUGAAGAAGAAUUACAAGGAGUUUGUUGUUCAAGUUUUGCGUCGGUCGCUGACGGUGAGGUCGUCGAGGAAGGCGCAGAGUGGGCCUUGGAGCAUGUUUUUUGCGACGUCAAAGAUCCAGAAUCCGACGACGAAGACGGCGAUGGCGCGGGGACGAGCUUUUUCGGUGUGAGAGUCGCCAGCGGAGUGGUUGAUGUCGGCUGCGUAGCCGCCGGCACCAACGACUACCUCUACCGCCACUUUCUCCCCUUCACAAAAACAAUCGCCUGUGAUGACUCCUGCGCGAAGUUGAACUGCUGCUUCUUCAGAGCUAAUUAGCUCUGAAAUUAUUAGCUGUGAGAUUUGUGGGAAUUAAAAAUUUGCUAGGAACCGUGUAAAUAUCAACUCAACCAAACACUACUUUAUUUGGUUGGAGGGAGGGAAAAGGAAAAGGAAAAGGAAAAGGAAAGACACGGAAAUUGAAUGAAUUUGUUUUUAACCUUAAUCUAAAUUCAUUCAUCGAUUUCUUAUUUCAAUCUCUGUCUGCAACAAAGUGAGAGCAGAACCGAGUUUGUCAACUCAACCAAACAGCAAGUUCAUGAAAUCAUCGCACGAUAGUGUUCCAUUUUCCCAACUUGCAAGCAUGUCUCAAUCAGAAUCGCUUAAAUAACGCUUACAAUGGCGAAUGCUGCUAGAAAGUUUCUACCCCGUAUUGAUUUCCGACCCGCCCCAUCAGUUGUUCUUCACCACCGCACCCAACUGAACGACUCUCCCUUUCGCCCCAAGGACUUAACCGGUUUAACCACCGAUCUCAUCAAGUCCUACUUCGACAAAGGCUCCAUUCAAGAAGCACACACACUGUUCGAUGAAAUGACCCACAGAGAUGUCGUCGCCUGGACCGCCAUGAUCACUGGCUACACCUCCUGCAACCAUCACAGCCGUGCAUGGAAGGUGUUUCCUCGAAUGCUCAGAGACGGGGUGCGGCCCAACGCAUUCACGUUGUCCGCGGUUUUGAAGGCGUGUAAAGGGUUGAGAGCUCUUUUCUGUGGUGAAUUAGCGCAUGGGUUGGCGGUGAAGAUUGGUGCACGCGGAUCGUCCAUUUAUGUUGAUAAUGCACUCAUGGACAUGUAUGCCACUUGCUGCGAUAGCAUGGACCGCGCGAGAAUGGUUUUCGAGGAUAUCGUAACCAAGAAUGCUGUCUCAUGGACUACUUUGAUCACUGGGUAUACUCAUAGAGGUGAUGCCUUUGGUGGUCUCAGAGUUUUCCGUCAAAUGGUUCUGGAAGAAGGUGAGCUGAGUCCAUUCAGCUUCUCAAUUGCAGUUAGCGCGUGUGCCUCCGUUGGCUCAGGUAUUUUGGGCAAGCAGUUACAUGCUGCAGUGAUUAAUCAUGGAUUUCAGUCCAAUCUUCCUGUGAUGAAUUCCAUACUGGACAUGUAUUGCAGGUGUCGUUGUGCAUCUGAGGCAAAGCAAUUCUUCUGUGAAAUGACGCAGAAAGACACAAUCACAUGGAAUACAUUGAUAGCUGGAUUUGAAACACUGGAUUCUAAAGAGUCUCUCUGUAUAUUUUCGCUAAUGGUUUCGGAAGGUUUUAGUCCAAAUUGCUUCACAUUUACUAGUGUGAUAGCGGCGUGUGCUAACUUAGCAAUUCUGUAUUGUGGGCAACAACUUCAUGGUGCAACUGUUUGUAGAGGCCUCGAUAACAGCUUGGAAUUAUGCAAUGCCCUCAUUGAUAUGUAUGCCAAGUGUGGGAAUGUUGCUGAUUCACAUAAGAUAUUUAGCGAAAUGUCGUGCACAAACUUGGUCUCAUGGACUUCCAUGAUGAUUGGAUACGGGUCUCAUGGACAUGGAAAAGAGGCUGUUGAGUUGUUCAAUAAGAUGGUCGGAUCAGGCAUUAAACCGGAUAAGAUAGUGUUUAUGGCAGUUCUCAGUGCUUGUAGCCAUGCCGGACUAGUGGAUGAAGGCCUGAGAUAUUUUAGAUUAAUGACCAGCUAUUACAAUGUUGCACCCGAUCGAGACAUAUAUGGAUGUGUGGUGGAUUUGCUUGGACGCGCUGGAAGAGUAAAGGAAGCUUAUCAACUCAUAGAGAAUAUGCCAUUCAAGCCAGAUGAGUCUAUAUGGGUAGCCCUUCUUGGAGCUUGUAAAGCACAUAAGCAACAAAGUUUGGGCAAAUUAGCAGCUUUGAGGGUUUUGGAGAUGAAGCCAAAAAAGGCUGGAACUUAUUUGCUGUUAUCAAAUAUUUAUGCUAGUGAAGGUAACUGGGCAGAUUCUGCCAGCUUGAGGAAGCUUAUGAGAAGUACUAAAAGUAAAAAGGAGCCAGGGAGGAGCUGGAUUGAAUUGAAAAACCAGGUUCACAGUUUCGUUGUUGGAGAUAGAUUUGUUUCUUCGAAUGAGAAGGUGUGUGAAGUUCUGAAAUUGUUGAUUAUACAUCUGAAAGAUGCAGGAUAUGUCCUUGAUUUAGAUUGCUCUGUACAUGACUUGGAAGAUGAAACUUGAAUAGAAGCUGAAAAGACGAUAUUGUUAUUGCUAAAUGCUUUAUAGCUGAUCCUUCAGCUUAUAUACCCUCAAAUUUUCACAAGCAUAGCCGUGUAGACUAUUCGCGGUUAUGAUGUACAGAAGCAGCUAGUUGGUUUUAGUGGCCUUGUUCACAAUGCUUCUGCUUCUUGGCUGGGUGGUAUUUUUGGCUGCUCCGACAGGUCGUGUGCUCUCGGAUGAGCUAACGUCCAUCAAGCAUGAUCUUCUCUUAGCUUGGGAGAAUUGGGUAUUCGGCAUGUCGUUUAUGAGAAUGAUUCGAUGCUAUUAGGAUGUUGGAUCUCCUCAUUUGACUUCGCAUUUGGGAGCUUUGUUGGUGGAGAUCGUUAAUAUCUCUACUCGUCUGUGGUGUAUUUGCUUCCAGCAUGUUUCCCAAGCAUAGCCGUGUAGACUGUUAUUUUCCCUCACACAAAGUUCAUAUUUUUUAAAUCUCAAAAAGUAAAAUAUACUACUACGACUUUAGAAGGAAUAUAUCAAUAUAUGGUGGCCAUGUCAAUGUGCAACAUUAAUCCACACAUGAACCAUUAUUUUACCUGUGCCCAUUUUACAUGAUUUUCGCUUAUGUGCCCAUUUUUAUUAAAAUU